UCACGUGUUCGAAAGGAAAAUAUGAUGACAACUUCCUUGACUUUUACUUUAAAACCACAAUAAUUAACAAAAAAGUAAAAAGACCUUUCGGUAAAUGAAUGUAUGUCUUGUUACUUAACUUACUAAACAAUCACUAGAAUGGCACGUAGAGGCCAGACACGCUUGUUCAAAACGGGCACGAAAGUUGACUUGUUUGUGACUAGUGUACAGCCGGGUGUUGGCCGUUUCUGUCACUUUUGGGCCCAAUCUGACAUCGAAUCACAGUUGGCAGUUGAAGAACUAAUGAAUGCAGUUGAAUCAAAGGUUGCACAUACAUCUUGCCCUCAGAUUGUCCGUACGGAUGAACUAUGCCUGGCUAAGUUUCAAGGAGAUGGAAAGUGGUACCGCAGCAAGGUUGUCGAUUGUCGCCAAGAUGGCAGCAGGAGCCCGGCUAAAGUUUUCUUCAUCGAUUAUGGCAACUCUGAGAAUGUACCUUUGUCUGAGCUAAGAACUAAUAUGCAUGAGUACUUUGCUAACUAUCCCCCACAGGCAAAAGAGUUUGUUCUCGCUGAUUUAUUGCCGAGUGACGGAAUACACUGGUCAGAAAGAGAAGUCGAAUACCUCAAUGAUCACCUCUCGUAUGGUGAAUUCUCUGCCCAUGUUCUAGCCACAGUUUGUGGUAAGAUACCACUUGUCCGUCUAAUGAACAAUGAUGAUAAAACACAGCCGCUUGUGUUGAAAUUCCCAAGUGCGAAUAUUGGGAAGAGUUACAACAACACCCACUUCUUGAAAUCUGAGUUCCCUCGGAACGAAUUGCCGCUGUCGACAGACUUGGAAGCAUUUGUGACAUAUUCUUUAUCACCUGUCAAAUUCUGGAUCCAACUUGCAAGCGAUGAGGAGCAACUGAACCAGCUGCGCCUUCUUAUGGAAGCACAGUAUGGCAACUUGAGCGAUAGGGACCUUGUCUGUAAUUUCAUUGAUGAGGGAACAUUAUGUGCUGGUGUCUGUAGCAUUGACGGCAGUUUUUACCGCGCUGUUGUAGAAGAAUGUCGCACUGAUGGUUUCUGCAGAACGUUCUUCAUUGACUAUGGUAACAGCGAAACUGCCAGUAUUCAAAACUUCAGGUUUAAAAUCCUGCCAGAUCAGUUGAAAAGUGUUCCUGCCUAUGCCUUUGAGUGUACCCUUGCUGGUAUCCCCCCAGGAAUGCACAUGACUGACAUACAUAUAGCAAUCUUCCGUGAUCUUGUCAAUGACACUGCUGUAAAAGCACAAGUUCUCAGUGUGAAUGGAGAUGGUGUUUACACUGUGGCAUUGUUUGACAGAAAUGGCAUUUCCAUAGUAGAUUUCAUGAAGCUUGGUUCUGUGAAGCCAUUGCCCAAAGUGGUACCAGCAGUAAAACCUGUUGUCCAAAAGCCACCACAGGUACCAGCUCCAGAUUGUGCUGUAGGUACAGAGGAAGAUGUCUUCAUUACUCUGGUAGAGUCGCCAGACAAAUUCUUUGGACAACUCGUCAAAUAUUCCGGUGAAGUUCUGAAUGAGUUCCAGAAUACUCUGAUGGAGCAUUAUGAAGCCAACAAUGCCCGCAUCCCUCACCUCUCCUCGCCAUCUGUCGGGGACUACUGCUGUGCCAAGUAUACAGUUGAUGAUAUGUGGUAUCGAGCCCAGGUCACAGCUAUAGCUGGAAACAAACUUGAUUUGUUCUUCAUAGACUAUGGGGACAAGGAAACAGGUGUGCGUGUGGCAGAAGUUAAAGUCCUUGAUCCCAGAUUUGUAAACCUGCCACAGCAAGGUAUAUUUCUGAAAAUGACAGCACCAGUUGAUAAAUCGAAAUUUGAGGAAAUCAUUGACAGGCGCAUCACUCUGAAAUUGGAAAACAAACUUGGAGGAAAUUAUUACAGCACCACAUUCAGCGAGAAAAAUGAACGCAACGUUCUUCAGCUUCUGUUGGAACCUCAAGCAUGUCAAGCUCCGAGUCAAACUCAAAGCACCAUGCAGCGUGCACGCUUCAAAGAGUCAGUAAUCGACCCGGCCAAGGCAGAGGCAGUAUCGAUCAGCCAUGUCAACCAUCCAGAGAGUUUCUACUGUCAGCUAUCAAAGACUGAAGAAAGCCUGAACCAGCUGAUGGACGAUAUCCAUAACAUUUAUUCCAAGCUGGAUCCUAUGGGUGGAUUGCUGCAGAGCCUUAUUCCUGGGACGCCCUGUGUUGCCCAGUUUACAGAGGAUCAAGGCUGGUACAGAGCAAGUGUUCUUGCCGGUCAAGGUGACAAAGUUAAAGUGUUCUACGUGGACUAUGGCAACUCUGAGGAACUUCCCAAAAGUUGUGUUCGAAUAAUGGACCCUAGAUUCCUGCUCCUCCCAGCCCAAGCCAUUCACUGUACCAUGCACAGUAUUAGUUACGUGGGCACUUGGCCACCAGAGUGUGUCACGCAGUUCGAAGAGAUGGUAACAGCAGGAUCUUGUACUGCCUCGUUCCUAGGUUUUGACGACAAACGAUCAGCAUAUGAGGUGGAACUAUUGGAUGCUAAUGGUGUGAACAUCAAUGAAAAGUUCGGGAAGGCCACUCGAACUCUUGUCAGGGCGGCACCACCACCUUCAGCUGCCCCAACCCAAGCCCCGAGCUCUCCACAGAGACGGCCGCCCGGUAUCAUGUACCAGAAAAUUGACCUCCCAGUUGGUGUCUUCAAAGAUGUCGCUGUUGUACAUACUGAGACUCCAAGCGAAUUCUACUGCCAGUUGAUCGAGUCUGCCCCGGCCUUGAAUGACCUCAUGGACCGGAUCGAUGCUUUGUACACCAAGUUAGGACCCACGGAUCGUGGUGUGAGAAAUCCUGUGAAGGGGAUGCCGUGUUGUGCCAAAUUUACAGAAGACGACGUUUGGUAUCGAGCAGAGAUAACAGAUAUUUUGGGGAAUAUCAUAACAGUCCAGUUUGUUGAUUACGGUAAUGGUGAGACACUCUCCGUUGAGCGUGUCAAGGAACUGAAACCCGAAUUUUUACAGCUUGGAGCUCAAGCGAUCAAAUGUUGUAUGAAGGAGAUUAGACCAAAAGGUGGGGAAUGGUCGGAUGCCGCCAUUGACAGAUUUACUGACCUGACUGACGAGAAGAAUCUUGUUGGUUCAGUAAUAAAGAAGUUACCUGAUGGUACGGUUGAAAUGGAACUUUUAGAUACAGAAAGUGAUUUGAAUAUUGGACAAGAACUCUGUAAAAUAGGUGAUUGUGUGGGACCUGCUUCAGUGCCUGUGCCAAUGGCAAAUUCAAAUGCAAUGAGGCCAAGGUCUUCGUCUGGGUCUUCAUCUGGUUCUAACCCUCCUCGUCAGAGGACCUCGCCUCAUGAACCUCAGAUGUCAGACAGAGCGACUGCAAACAAGGGAGGAUUUGGAGGGAGACAACCGUCUGGUGGUCGUUCAGACUCCAAUGAUUGGAGAGAGCCUGCAGGGAAUCGAUUCUUAGACAGAUUAGCAGGAGGUGAUGAGGAGGCGAAACCGUACCGCAGACCAGAAUGGCCAGGAGAACGCGAGCCAAAGGGAAGAACUUUUGGAAAUGGAGAUUCUAAUUCUAGGUCUCAUGGUAGCUCAAACAAGGGUGAUGACUGGGGAGAUGGUGGCAGCAGCUCUUCAUUUGGUGGUCCAAAACAGGAGCGAUCAUUUGGGAAAGGUGGCAAUAGACCUGGGUUCGGCGGGGACAGGAACGCUGCUGAGAAGCGAAGCUUUGGUCAGACUGCCAUUACAGAACCUGUCCCUCCUUAUAAAGAGGUUGAUCUAUCAGUUGGAAAGAAGCAUUCUGUCCUGAUCACAUGGAACGAAACAACCUGUGAUUUCUGGUGUCAGUUGAGUGACAAUCAGGCAGACAUUGGCAAAAUGAUGGUCAGUAUUCAGGGCGAGUAUAACCGGAAGAAGUCUGAAUAUACUUUCACCAACCCUACAACAGGAUCUCCUUGUAUGGCCCUGUAUGCUGGUGAUCGAGCAUGGUACAGAGGAAAGAUCACAAAAGUUGAGUUUGGUUCUUGUAAAGUCCUCUUUGUUGAUUAUGGAAAUCAAGAAGAAAUACAGAAGUCAAAUGUGGUGAGGAUGAAGCCCGAGUUCAUGUCUUUACCCAUCCAGGGUAUCCACUGCCAGUUGCAGGGAGUGAAGCCUGUGUCUGAGAAAUGGACAGAGGAAUCGAAGAGGAAGUAUCAGAAGAUUAUGACAGAGGCACAGCCUUUGCAGUUCAUCUUUAAGGGAAAGAGUGGAGGAGUAUUCAAAGUUGAGACAGAGGUUACGUCAAGAUUGCUUUCAGCCAGUUUGGUCAGUUCUACCUCCCCUGCUCCAACUUCUACUCCUGUUGCUGCUCUUAUCCCUGCUGCUGUGGCUCCCUCUAGUAGUGUAAAGAAGUACAAAGUCUUGAAUAAGAAUGGUCGCCAUCAAGGCUUCAUCAGCCAGUUGGAUUCACCAGGAAAGUUCUUCAUGCAGCUAAAAGAUGAGGAGUCGUUAGUCACAAAGAUUACUGAAAAGUUGGUUCAACUUUGUGAAGGGCCUGCUGCUCGGAGUUUGAAAGUGAAUAAAGCGCCACCUGUGGGGGUAGCGUGUGUUGCUAAGUAUGCCGAGGAUGGAGCUCACUACCGUGCCAUUGUUGAAAGUCUUAGCGGUUCAAAGAUCUGUGUCAGAUUUGUGGACUUCGGAAAUGCAGAGAUGGUAGAUUUGAGUGAAAUCUUUGAAAUGAAUGAUUCUCUCCUGAUUCAAACACCUUUGGCUUACGAAUGUACAUUUGCUGCUGGCGCCACCUGGAGUGAUGCUGACGGGGACCAGAUGCACAACUUGACAGCCGACAAAGAACUGACUGUAGAAUUUGUCACAAGAAGUGCGCCGUUCGUUGUGAAACUGUUUGAUGGCCAGACAGAUAUAAGCAGCCAGUUCAAGCCAAUGUCCAUAGCUGGUGUGACGUCAUAUCCAAGUAAAAGCUUCACAUCAAAGAAGGAGCUGGGUUAUGUUUCUCAUGUUGAUAGCUUGACCAGUUUCUAUGUUCAGUUGGCAAGCGAAGAGGAUGAUUUAGUGACCCUCUCUGAUCAGUUACAGGAGUCGUAUAAUGCUGGUUCGACACAGCUUACGGAGCCAGGUGUUGGUUCACCCUGUGUGACACGCUUCUCUGAUGACAAUGGCUGGUACAGAGCAGUGGUAACUCAGGCAGUUGCUGGGAAGGUAACCGUGAGGUUUGUUGACUAUGGAAAUGGAGAGGAUGUCAAUUUACAGGAUAUCAAGGCGCUGAAAACAGAAUUCAGUUCAGUGCCACCAUUUGCCGUUCAGUGCCGUCUGCCGACUGAUAAAUCAUCACAAGCUGAUGCGGAUAAGUUCUCUGAGCAGACAGCAGAGAAGCAGCUUACAUUUCACUUCUCAUCUUCUGAGCCGUACGUUGUAAAAGUGUUCGAUGGCCCUACAGAUAUUGGAGCAGCAUUUAGUACUACUGAACGAAUCACACCAGCGUCAUUCCCAAAGCAAAAUAUCAGCUGUGGAGUUCAUAAAGUGUACGUGUCCCAUAUUGAGAACCCUGACCAGUUCUUUGUUCAGCUUGUAUCGGAAGAAGGCCAGCUUGAUAUGAUGACUACCUCUCUCACUCAGAUUGCCCUGACUGAUUUACCAGAAAUUCCGACACCCGAAGUUGGCAUGCCAUGCAUUGCAGAAUUCUCAGAAGAUAGUGCACUAUACAGAGGGGUGAUUACAAAAGUCUCGGCAGACAAUGCAGAAGUACGUUUCAGUGACUUUGGUAACACAGACAUCGUACUGUUGUCAUCGAUCCGUGCUGUGACAGACAGCUUUACAAAUAUGCCACCUAUUGCGAUCAAGUGCACUCUCGGGAUUGGUCAAACUUGGGAUCAGGAUGCUGUUGAUAAGUUUUCAGGUGUGGUGAUGGAUGUUGCAGUGAGUGCAGAGUUUAUUACCAAUAGUGUUCCCUGCAAGGUCAAACUUACAGUUGAUGGUACAGAUGUGGCUUCAUCGCUUGGUAUGGAGCCAGUCCUGGCAUACUCUGUCCAAGGUAUACCUAAAGCACCGCAGAAUGGUUACACUAGUCAUGUAGUGUCAGUGAAGCAGUUUUACAUACAACUCGCCAGUGAUGAAAAUGCCCUUGAAUCCCUCAGCGAGAAGUUGAACUCCAUGUGUGAGGCACUACCAAGAGUCACAACAGCGACUGCUGGUAUGGUUUGCGGCAGCAAGUUCUCUGAGGAUGAGUCGUGGUAUCGAGCGGAGGUUGUCAGCGUCCUCCCUGGAAACAAGGCUAAGGUUGUCUUUGUAGAUUAUGGCAACACUGAUGAAGUCGAUGUUGGUAGCCUCAGGAUCCUGCCUGCUGAUUUGGUGCAGAAGCCAUUACUUGCAUUUGAAUGCAAACUGGAAGAGGGCAUCACGAACAAUGAAGAGAACAUCAACAAAUUAACAAACAUGACUGUGGAUAAGGAACUGAAGGUUGAGUUUUUGAGCAGCUCUAAACCCAUCAAAGUCCGAUUGUUUGUUGAGGGGAAGGAUGUUGCUGAAUCCCUUGCUGGAGAUACUAGUCCUGCCACAGAUUCACCAAAGUAUCCUGAAUACAUGCUGACAGGAAAUAAACACAAAGCUUGUGUCUGUCAUGUUGAAUCGCCUGCCCAGUUCUACAUACAAAUGGUUGCCGAUGACAGCAAACUUAAUGAGCUGAUGGACCAGUUAGAUGGACACUAUUCAGCUAACGCCUCUGUCUUGCCACAGGUCACAGAGGGUGUAGCCUGUGUCUGCAGAUACUCUGAAGAUAAUGGUUGGUACCGUGGAAAGGUCGUUGCGAGGUGUGAUGCCACAGUCACAGUCCAGUUCGUGGAUUACGGUAACUGUGAAGAUAAAUCGGUAAAAGAGGUCUACAGUCUUGUUCAGCAGUUCUCAAUUUUGCCGCAAUUUGCAUUGGAGUGUACGAUCGGAAAUGCAGCCUUUUCUAAAGAAGAAACAGAUAAGUUCCAGACCUUGACCAAUGAGAAAGAAUUGGAUGUUACCUUUGCCAAUGAAACCACACCAUAUGCUGUGCAGCUCUUUGAUGGAGCAACAGACCUGACUGCUGAAUUCAAGAAGGAAAGCUCUCCGGGGUUUGUGGCCACAAGUGCGCCUGUGCUUAAGUAUCCCAGACAAGUGAUCACCAAAGGCACUCACAAGGGCUACGUGUCUCAUGUUGAUAGUCUUACCCAGUUUUAUAUUCAGCUGCAGAGUCAGGAGGAUGCUUUGAAUAGCCUAGCUGAACAACUGGACAGCCAUUACGGUUCGAAUACUGCCACUCACCUGGAGAUUAUUGCCGAGGGUGUUUCGUGCACCACGUUAUAUUCGGGAGACGGCCACUGGUAUAGAGGAAUGAUCACUGGCAUCGGUCAUGACAUAGCUACAGUUCAGUUCAUCGACUACGGAAACAGUGAAGAUGUGUCUCAUGAUGCCGUCAAGGUCUUAGCAGCAGACUUUAUCUCGCAGCCUCCUUUUGGAUACCGAUGUUCCAUUGGCGACAAUGCUACAUUCACGCCUGAGGACUCUGAUGCAUUUACAGAGCAAACUGCUGAGAAACUUCUCGAUGUCGAGUUCUGCACUGAUGUUUUGCCAUACAUUGUGAAGAUCUCUGAAGAUUCCGAAUGCCUGACUUCAAAGUACUUUGCAGAAGAUGGCUCAGAAGUCCCUGCGUCCGAUCCGGCUGUUGAGUUGUUCAGUACUGCUGGUGAAGGGCAAGAACCAAAACCUGAGCCGGUUGCAGAUACGCAUGAAUCAAGUACAACUGUACCAGCGGGCUGUAAGUAUUUCAAGUAUCAGUCAUAUCCUGAAGGCUCCACCGAUGACUUCUUCGUUGCUGUUACAAAGUCCCCAGGGCAGUUCUGGUGCCAGAAAACAAGUGACGAAGGUCAACUUGCAGAGCUGACAGACAGCAUCCUUGCUGACGAAACUCUCGUGAAGGGGAGCAUGGUUAUCGAUGACAUCCACAUUGGUGCUGCAUAUCUAGCAAAGUUUACUGAAGAUGACUGUUGGUAUCGUGCAACCGUUUUAACAAUGGAUGCAACAAGUUGUAGUGUCCUGUUUGUCGAUUAUGGGAAUCAAGAGGUGGUCCUGUACGAGAACAUUUCACCAGCUGAUGAUAAAUAUCUUGAACUCCCUGCUUGUGCAGUUGAAUGUUUCCUCAGUGGAGCUUCAUGGACCUGGACAUCUGAGGCAACAGAGAAAUUUUCAGAAAUUGUUGCAGAUAAGAAUGUUAGUAUGAGAUGUUUGAGUACUGCAAGUUCUAGUCUUGGUGCAGGGUUUAAGAAGUUUGGAGUGUCCCUGAUUGUUGACGAAGCAGACAUUGUAGAGAAGUUGAUCGAAGAGAGUCCGGCCAAGGUUGUCACUGAGUUAAGGGAGCAAAAGAUACAACUUACUGAAGAGCCAAGUUUGCAAUCUACUGAUGAUGUUGAAUUGCAGUAUGCCAGAACAGAGGUAAAAUUGGAAAAUAAGUAUGAGGUAACCGUAUCAUUUGUUACCUCACCCAACCAGUUCUCGCUGCAGUGUUCCAAUGCUCAGGCAUCCUUGGAUGCUCUGAUGGCAAAAAUAGAUGAAACUUAUGCAGAGCUCUCGGAAAGUGAUCGACGUCUACAGCAUCCUUCAGUCGGUCAGCCAUGCGUUGUUAAGUACUCCGAAGAUGGUAGCUGGUAUCGAGGACAGAUAGAAAAAGUUUUGGAAGGCAAUCGAGUGGAAGUUUAUUUUGUUGAUUACGGCAGCAGCGAGGAAACUGAUCUGAGUUGUAUAAAGACGAUCGAGUCAAGUAUGGUGGAGCAGCCAAUGUAUGCGAUGGAAUGCUUCCAUGCCGGGAUGAAGUCGAUAGAAGGCCCCUGGUCUGCUAAAGCCAUAGAAAUCUUCUCCAAUCUAGUCCUAGAGAAAAAGCUGAUCUGUGAGUUCCUCUCACAAGAAACCGACUGUGAUAGUCCAUGCUAUGUUCAGUUAUAUGAUAUGGGUAUUUCUGUCAUGGACAAAAUGGUUGAGGAAGGAGUGGCCGAAAGGACAGCUGAAGCACUUGGUCAUUUUUUAGACACUAGUCUGUUGGAGCCCAACGCUCCCACUCCCCAGGAGUCAGAAGAUGUUGCAGCGCCCAUUCCACUUGAGAAUGCUUCCGAAGAGAUGAAACAAGCCAUAGAGAAAGAUGCUGAACCAAAAGUUCAUUACAUUGAAUAUAAAAUGCCACAGCUUGACCCCGGAUCCAAAAUUGAUGUCUUUGUAACAUCUGUCACUAACCCGACUGACUUUUGGUGCCAGUUAGCUGAUUCCUCGGAAGACCUUCCAUUGCUGAUGGACACAUUCCAUGAGUAUUGCCAUGACAACAAAGAUGCCCAUCUUGAAGAUGAACUUGUUGAAUGCCUGCCUUGUAUUGCAUGUACACAAGAAGGAGAAGACCAGGCUUGGUACCGGGCAAAGGUCAUCAAAGCAAGGGAUGAAGAUGUCAAUGUAUGUCUUGUUGAUUAUGGCAACAUGGAGGAUGUUUCGAGAGAUAAACUGUACAAACUUCAGCAAGAACACACAGAUCUCCCGUUACAGGCUUUCAAAUGCUCCUUGAAAGAUGUCAAACCAAUUGGUGAAAACUGGGACGUCAGUGCUUGCACACGCUUUGAGGAGCUAACUUACGAUAAGAAGUUGAAGUUAGAGAUAACUGAUGUCCGUGGACAAGGUCCACUCCUUGUCGUCCUUGGAAUCCUAGAAGAAGGGGAGGAAUCAGUGCUGAAGAAAUUGAUUGAUGAGGGAUAUGCUGAGGUUCAAGACGAAGAAGCAUUUAGUCUUGCUGAAGACAGCACUGCUUGUGCUACAGAUGAUGCCCGGAGGCUUGAUGAGAGGGAUGAGUUUCAAGAUGCUGAAGCCGAAGUAGCAGACGAUGCUACUGGAAAUGAAGAAGUAGAAGUUCUAUCUGAAGUUGAAGAGGGCUCUAGUGAAAAUCAGGAAGCUGAAGUUGUAGAUGACGCUACAGGAAAUGAGGUAGCUGAAGUGGCAGACGACACGAUUGAAUAUGACGAAGCUGAAGUGCUUCAAAAACUUGAUGAUGAUGUUAUAGGGAAAUCGUCGGAGGGAAUUGAUGUACAAGGAAAUGUGGCUGAAGAAGCUGGUGAUUUCAAAGAGGCUGAGAUUGAUGCUGAUGCGGUUGAGGCAAUCCGGGAGUUGGAUGAUGUUUUGGAGAAGGAGGGUGCUGCUGACGAGCCAGAGAAUAACGGAGGACCUGAUGAUAUGGCUGACCUCGCAGAGACCAAGGAGGCCGGUGAGGGCAGUGGACAUCAGGAGCCUGGGAAACCUCUCAAGACUGGGGAAGGAGUUGAGUCCGAAGCCGAUGCUGAGCUUGACUGCAAUGCAGAAACAAAGGAAGAAAGUGAAGAAGCUGGACAAGUUGUUGCAGCAAAAGAUGGAGAUGAUGAUGCUGAAAUAGCAGAUUCAGUAAUGCAAGAAUUUGCAAGAAACACUGUUGAAAACAUUAUAUUCAAUGCCAGAGAAGUUCUUCAAAGUGAAAGUCAGGAGGAUACAUCUGAGAAGUUAUCCUCUCUUCAUAUCAUCGCUGAUGAUAAAUUGCCUGUUGUCUUCACUCACGGAACGUCGCCGCAUGACUUCUACCUACAACCAAAGUCAUCCUCAGAGCUGCUAUCCAACCUGAUGCAGGAGAUUGCUAGUUGGUGUGAGAUGGAAGAGGCUACAGAGUUUACUCCAAGUGUCGGUGAUGCUUGCCUUGCCCAUGGAGUAGAUGACCAGUGGUAUCGAGCAAGGAUUAUGAGCGUGGAUAAAGAAGAAUAUCAGGUUGUUUUCAUAGAUACAGGAAUGAAAGCUACAGUGAAUCAAAUUCGACCUAUUCCUGAUGAAUUCCAGUCGUUGCCAUGUCAGGCAGUGCGAUGUCGACUCGGAGGUGUGAAGGAGACUCACAGCAGUAUGAAUAAACAUGUCAAGGAAACAUUCAUGGAAAUGUGUUUGGAAAACCUUUUAAGUAGGUUCGUGGAAAAACUAGAUGAUGGUUACUACUCUGUUUACCUGUACAAUAGUGAGGAUGACGUUGAAUCUGUCAACUUGGAAUUGGUGGAGGCAUUCGGCCUUGAUGUGGUAGCGGGCUCUGAACUUGAAAUAGCCGCGGGAAAUGUCGAAGCAGAUAUGGGAUCUGAAAAAGAAAUGUCGUUCCAAGAGGUUGGGGCAGAAAGAUAUAGCUCCCUUGGUACCCUACCUGGAGAAAACCCUACUAUUGUCAUCAGUGGUGAUAGCCAGGAGAAUUGGAAGGAAAGCCCAGAAGGACAGGUCAAUGGGACUGAGGGAGAGGAGGUAAAUGGAUCCAGAGAAGAGGUUCAUGUAAAAUCGUCCAAAUUGGUCACUGAAGAAGUGGAGCCAACUGAACCUACAGAUGUGAGCACAGAAUAAUGCUUGGGACUAUAAUACCAUAGUGGAGUUCAUUGAUUUGUGGAUAAAGCUAUUGUUUUAUUGUUUAUCGAAGUGACCCUUUACAUGGAGUUCGUGGUCUUAUUCACUUGCGUUGAAUGGAAACUUGUUCAUUGCCACAUGUUUGAGCAGAUGUUACCUGUUAUUUGAGAUUCAUGAAGGGAAACGCUCCAUUUUUUGGCUGUGUCUGUUGGUUCAUACUUGGUAGCGUGGGUCAUUGAUAAAGCUCUCAAUUAUUCUAUCUCAUGAUAUGUGCUCCAUGAGAAAAUCUGCAAGACAUCAUACCUUGCUAAGGUAGACAAUUUUGUUUGUUUUUUAAUAAGUGUAAUCCAGUGCCCUCUUCAACACCAUUUUGUAAUUCUUGUACAUUAAUAUAAUAAUUCUAUUUCAUAAACACUUAGAUUUCAUUACAUCGGUAACAAUAUUGUGUACAAUGUACUGUAGAACUUUCCAUAGCGGACACCUCUCUUAUGCAUUGUGUCUCAAAUUGGUUUCCAAUGAAUUUGACCUCAGUAAUCAGAACGCCUUUCAAUUAAGGACAUCUUUUGUCAGUACCAAGGGUCUCCUUGAUGUAUUCAUGGCAUUAGAAAAGACUUGUAUGGUGACUUUGUUCCGAUUUGGCAUGUAAACCAUCUUGAGGUUCAUUUGUUAAUAGCAUAUUGUAUAUAUUUUAUCAUACCGACAUGAAAAUUAUGUACAAGUUAUAAGUUAGGAGCAUUUGGUACAUAGAUAUACUUUCGAUAUUGCUUGUUCUUUCCCAAUGAGGACUAGUAUUUUCAUUUCAUAAACCAUUGUAAUUACAUGUAUCAAUUAUGUACCAUUACGGCGAUUGAAUACAGAGAUAUAAAAAGCGUAAAUUCAGGCUGAAAAUUAGUUUUGCCCUAACUGCUUUUCACCAUCACCAUGCCUUGCAAUGCUAAAGCCACAACACUAGCCUUUAGAUGAAAGAGGGGUCAUCAAGAGAAUGAUCAGCAGAAAACAACAUGGAACAGUGAUAUUGUGGUUAUCUGUGUUCAUGUAUUUGCUUAGUUGCUAAUUAUAGACUUGUAUUUGUAAAAUCGUUUAAAAAGAGGCAGAGGUAGCAGAUGCAGGUUUGUCGUUUUAGUUUGUAAAUGGGUUUACUGCAAAUUUUGUAUUGAUGAAAAUUGUUUCUGAUCUAUUGGUUAGGUCCUGUUCAAAAUAUGUUCGUUUUAAAAACAAUUCGAGAGGAAAUUCUCCAAAAAGAAGUUUAGUUAUUUCCAUAUAUUUGGGAAAGAAAUUCUAACUUGCAUAUUCUUAUGUCUGCCUUCAUAAUGUGCUCUCCAAGGUAUUUUACAAGACUGUACCAAAGUUGCCAAUCGUAGCCUAAUAAUUGAUCCAAAUAAA